UUCCGUACCCUCGUUGACUAGCAUAACAGGCAAACUUGAAAUACUUCUUCAUAUUUAUUUGUAGAUAUUUAAAAGAAAAUUUUGUUAUUUCAGACCGUACGGCAUUAGAAGGUCUGGAGAAAUAGAGACGAGACAUUUCCUGCAUAACUGUAAAGUUCAUCUCUAUCUCACAAACAUGUUUCCAGAAUUGAACAGUAUUCUCAAUUCCACUCCGGACAGUUUCAAAUCGAGUGACUUUAUCCUAGCGUCAGACAGACGAGCUGAUGCAUCAUUCCUUAUUCAUCACUAUCUGUCUUUCUAUUUACGUGCUGGCUGUAAGGUGUGUUUUCUGGGUCUUGUGCAGUCCUUCAGUCACUACAGUGCUGUUGGUCAGAGGCUGGGAGUGAGUCUGGCACAGGCAAGAGAGAAGGGUCAGCUCGUGUUUCUUGAAGGACUGAAGGAUUCUUUUGGAGUUUUAUUACAGGACACCAGUCAGCAGGAGACACAACCUUUGAGUUUUCUCAGAUCCCCAGGUGCUGGACUGGAAGGUCUGUUCAGAUUCGUGGAGCGUUCUGUGCGUCAGAGUGGAGAUGGUGAUGCUGGUGAAUCAUGGGGUCCUCCAGUGUUACUCAUAGAUGAUCUCAGUGUGCUCCUGAGUUUAGGUGUUAGUGUUGGAGCAAUACUAGACUUUACCCUCUACUGCCAAGCCACCGUGUGCUCCGAGUUACAGGGAAAUAUGGUAAUUCUGGUGAGAUGUGAGGAGGAGGAUGCAGAUGAUGAUGAAGAAGGGUCAAACCUGCUUCAGAGGGGACUAGUUCAUCAGUGUAACUUGGCUUUACAUAUAGAGGGGUUACCCACGGGCUACUGCAGGGACAUACAUGGACAGAUGGAGGUUUGGUGGAGACCGAGAGGAGAGACCAUCUACAAUCAACGAAAAAUAUUUCACUUUAAAGUCCACGAUAAAGGAGCAUCGUUUUUUGCUCGAGGGACUUCUAGUGCUGUUCUCUAAGUUUUCAAACGAAUAAAUACGUUUUCACAUUGAA